AUGGGUGCCAUCGAUCCUGUACAAAUGACCCAGCAGGCACCUCACCAGGAAAUUCUUUACGUCUCUGGAUGGGCCUGCUCUUCCGUCCUGACCAGUACAAAUGAGGUCUCGCCUGAUUUUGGUGACUACCCCUACAACACAGUCCCCAACCAAGUACAACGACUUUUCAAAGCACAGCAAUUACACGACAGAAAACAUUACGAUGCACGAAGGAAGAUGUCUGCCGAAGAGAGGAACAAGACGCCCUACAUUGAUUACCUUCGACCAAUCGUCGCCGAUGGUGAUACUGGCCAUGGUGGUCUUUCGGCAGAUCAAUUGCACGGAGGCAAGAAAUGCGGUCACUUGGCAGGCAAGGUUUUGGUUCCUGUUGGUGAACACAUCAAUCGCCUCGUUGCCACACGCUUCCAAUGGGACAUGAUGGGCUGUGAGAACUUGAUCAUCGCGCGCACGGAUUCAGAGAGCGGCAAGUUGUUGAGUAGCGCCAUUGACGCUCGCGACCAUGAAUACAUUCUUGGCUCCACGGAGGAUAUAGAACCUUUGGCAGAGACGCUCCAAGUCAUGGAGAUGAACGGUGCGAGCGGUGCAGAGAUUGAUGCUUACGAGGCUAAAUGGGUCAAGGAGCACAAGUUGGUUACUUUCGAUGAAGCUGCUAUUGCUCACAUUAAGGCUAAAACAUCUGACUCGGAUAAGGUCGCUAGAUACGAAAGUGAGAUAUCCGCGAACCGUAACAGACCUUUGAACAGCCGUCGCCAGCUUGCCGCAUCUAUCGCAGGCUCUCCUGUCCAGUUCAGUUGGGAUGUCCCACGAACAAAGGAAGGUUUCUACCACUACCGCGCUGGACUUCCCGCAGCAACGAAGCGAGCUAUCGAGUUUGCUCCGUUCGCUGAUCUGCUGUGGUUGGAGACUGGAGAUCCAAGCGUGCAAAAGGCUGCGGGCUUUGCUAAGGAGAUCAGGGAGGUGCAUCCUGGAAAGAAGCUCGUUUACAACCUCAGUCCUAGCUUCAACUGGAUGGGACAUGGUUUCACAGAGGAUCAGUUAAAGAACUUCAUCUGGGAUCUGGGCAAAGAAGGAUUUGUUCUUCAGCUCAUCUCCCUGGCCGGCUUGCACAGUACCGCCACGAUCACUAAUGAGCUCGCCAAGGGGUUCAAGACUGAUGGCAUGUUGGCGUAUGUGAACUUGGUCCAGCGUCGUGAACGUGAACUUGGUUGCGACGUACUCACGCAUCAGAAAUGGAGCGGUGCAAGUUAUCUCGACGGCAUUUUGGGUAGUAUUCAAAGUGGUAGCAGUAGCAGCAAGAGUAUGGGUGAAGGCAACACAGAAGGAAGUUUCUAG